GCUAUGACUCCAUCUGAAAUGAGCAAUCAAACACACGUCACAGAAUUCAUCUUCCUAGGAUUUUCCAACCACUCCAGUCUACAAGGCAUCUUCUUCCUGAUCUUCCUGGCCAUUUACCUGACAACUCUCUUGGGGAACACACUCAUAAUGUUGGCCACCAGGGUCAGCCCUGCUCUCCACACUCCAAUGUACUAUUUCCUCAGCAACCUGAGCUUCUUGGACAUCUGCUACACAUCCACCACCAUUCCGGUCAUGCUGGUGAACUUCUUCAGGGAGAAGAAGACCAUCUCCUAUGAAGGCUGCCUCUCUCAGAUCUUCUUCUUUGUGACAUGUGCUGGCACUGAAUGUGUCUUGUUGGCCGCUAUGGCUUAUGACCGCUAUGUGGCCAUUUGCCGCCCCCUUCAGUACCCGGUUCUCAUGAGUGUGAAGGUCUGUGUCUGCUUGGUGGCUGGGUCCUGGCUCUGUGGCUUGGUGAAUUCUGUGACUCACACAGCACUGGCAGCUACACUCAUCCUGUGUGGACCCAAUCACAUCAGCCACUUUCUCUGUGACAUCCCACUGCUCCUCAAGCUCUCAUGCUCAGACACCUCUGUCAAUGAGUCUGUGCUCCAUGUGGCCAGUGCCACCAUCGGCCUGAGCCCCUGCCUAUUCACUGCAGGCUCCUACAUGCUCAUCAUCUCUGCCAUCCUUAGGAUUCCCUCUGCUCAGGGCAGGAGAAAGGCCUUCUCCACCUGUGCUUCCCACCUCACUGUGGUGGUAGUCUUUUACGGAACAGCCAACUUCAACUAUGACAGACCCAGGGAAGGCUACUCUUUGGACAUGGAUAUCCUGGUGUCUGUGCUCUUCUGUGUUGUGACCCCCAUGUUGAACCCCAUCAUCUACAGCCUGAGAAACAAGGAGGUCAAGAGUGCCUUGAGGAAGCUGGCUGGAGUGUGUGCAUUCCCUGGCAAUAGCAAUGCCUAGAGUAAUCCAGCAUUCUGUUACUGUAAUGCAACAUUGCCAUUUACAAAGUUCAUGAUCCAGAGCCACAAAUCAAGUUACAAAAAGAAAAUCACAGAAAACUCAGAACAUUUAAGUGAGUUUAUGAUUUUGUGUUUGGCUGCAUUCAUUCAUAGCUACCCUAGGAUGCAUAUGCCCCAUGGGCCAGGUGUCAGACAUACCAGUGGUCUCCAAACCGGGGCAUACAAUCACCUGAAGAAAAUUCUUCAGGGGUGUCACAGUUCUAGAGGUGGUGGGACCUGGGAGAAUGGGGCCAAUA